AUGUUUAGUUGUCUUGGCAGAUCUCUAUCCCGAGCUAUUCCUAGAUGUCAUGCAGCCGCGGGAUGCUCCAUUCGUCUUUUCGGAACACAGUACUCGGUGGAGAACCCUCCCCUUCCGUUUCCUGAAGGAAUGGCGGAAAGCGUGAAGACUUGGGCUAUUGGCUCAUUAAACCAACAGCGCAACCUCCUCAGCCGUGCCGUGACCCUUUUGGAGUCGUCCUUACCAAGCCAUGUUGAACAAGCAGAACUUCUCCUCGACUACGUGCUUUCCGUUCGUAGAAUGGAGAACGAGAAGUACCACCCGAAACAGUUUGUUCCUGGUUCGUUCCGUCUUGGAAUCGCUGGUCCCCCAGGAGCCGGUAAGAGUACCUUCUGCGAGGCGCUGGGUACCCUGCUGACCUCGCAGGGCCACCGUGUGGCCGUGCUUGCGAUCGACCCCUCGUCCACUCGAUCGGGAGGCUCUCUGCUGGGUGAUAAAACCCGCAUGCUGAAGCUGGCCUACGAUCCGAACGCGUUCGUGCGCCCCUCGCCCUCCAACUGCUCUCUGGGCGGCGUGGCGGAGCACACCAGCGAUCUGGUGAUGCUCUGCGAGGCCGCGGGCUACGAUAUCGUGAUCGUGGAGACGGUGGGUCUGGGCCAAUCGGAGGUGAUGAUCGACGACAUGGUGGAUAUGGUGAUGCUGCUGAUGCCCCCCGCGAUGGGCGACGAGCUGCAAGGCGAGAAGAAGGGAAUCAUGGAGCACGCGGAUAUCGUCGUGAUCAACAAGGCCGAUGGGCCGCUGGCCGCCGUGGCCGCGCGGUCGGAGGCGGAGAAUCGACGCGCUGUGCAGCUGCAGCGACCCAAAGCGCCCUUCUGGAAGUGCGAGGUCACGCGCUGCUCCGCGCUGCAGAAGACGCGAAUUCAGGAUGUCUGGGACAUCUGCGCGCGGUUUAACAAGGAGGCGCUCGCGUGCGGAAGCCUCGAGCAGAAGAGAGUGAACCAGAACUCCAGUGCCAUGUGGUCGCAGCUGAUUACGCAGAUUGCGGCGAGCUGCAAGCGUAAUCCUGCGGUGUUGGAGAAGGCAAAGGAGCUGGACGCUGUAAUGAAGAGUGGUGGUAUGACGCAUCGUCGUGCGGGCCGCGAGCUGAAGGAUAUCUUUGUCAAAGACGAGUAUAAAAAUCUGAAGUAA